GAUCCAACUUCGGUCACAACGCUCUCCUGCCCGCACGGGAAGCCAUCCCUAAAGCCGUGCCCAGAGCUCUACCUGGAUCUGAACCCGGAGCUGCACACCAUGGCUGAGCAAAUACUCUGGGCUAUAAAGCGAGCAAUGCAAACUGGUAGCCGAGAGUUCCUGAUCAACAAACACUCGGACCUUACACCAGCAGUGUCAACUCAAAUUUUAGAUUCACUAUCGGAUAAAACCAGCAAGUUUUAUUGGCCCGGUUGCAGGUAAGAUAGUCCCUCAUUAUAUAUUUGCCUCCUAACUUUUUUCAGAGUUCAAUUCCUUUCCCCUACGGGUUACCUCAAAGUUAUUAUGCCAACCCAUUUGCAUGAAUGCCCAACUGGAUGGCUGCGGCAGUGUCUUAAUCUGUGGUAUGCACAACAAAUUCUACGCCCUGAACACACUGCUAGAAUUUUGGACAAUAUAGCUAGUAUGCUUAUCACUUUCUCUAUUCUUUAAGAUCAGUACUAAUUCACUCAUAGCCUGCACGGAGUUUGAAGGGAAAUUUGCUGGCUCUGUCAAAACUCCUGAUGUGGCCUUUACACCAGUAGUGGAAGGAAAGCACUAUAGGUAUCCAUCAGUAGUACUGGAGUCCGGUUGGAGGGAGUCCAGAAAAAAGCUGCUAUUGGAUGGGGAUUUAUGGAACACUGGUACCUUGGGUGCUGUGAGGGUUGUCUUGCUUUGCAAGGCAUUCACCAAGAAUAGAGGGAACAGAGUUGGAGCAGAUUUAACCAUGUGUCGAAAUCUGAAAGGUGGGGAGAUCUGCCGCAGAAAAAUUGUUGGAACCCCUUCCGUCUACCUUAUUGCUUUUACUAUCUAAUACAUAGUUUGCUAUACAGUCUAUCUUUCCCGUCCCAGAAGCUGUGGAAGUUGAUCCCUUCAUUACUGUGGAUGAGCUUUUUGCUGGUUCUUGCCCUAUGGACCUGGACCCAGAAACACACCUAUUACUACCAAUUCAAAAUUUACGAACUGCCUUUAAACGAGAGAUCUUAGCUUGUGGCAAGCGUCCUGCCUAGCUGGCCUCUACUCUAUUUCUACAGCCGGCUACUGGACUUCUAAUUGUAGAUUGCUCCUCUCCCUUUGCCAUGGCUGAAAUCUUCUCUUAUUUCUUUGUGUUAUAGACUUUUUGUUUCUGAUUGCCUCCUGCCAAAGGUAGUAUUUUUAUCACUACCAAUGAGAUCCCACUCUCCCGCUUAUCUAGAUGGUUAUAUGCAAUAAAUCUACCUCUCCCCUCAA